AUGGCCAGUACAAAUGAUAAUGGCGGCCUCGUCCGUCUUUCGUGUUGCGCAUUGGGUAUCUGCGUCUGUUACAUGUACUAUGGGAUGAUCCAAGAGAGUCUGUUGAGUCGACAAAAGAUUGGUCCUUCAUUUGUGCUAUUGAUUCAAUGUACUACCAACACCAUUGUGGCCCGUCUCUGGCAAUGGAUCGAUCAGUCCAUGAAGGCUUCCAGCCCAGCCGCAGCCGACAAACGAAUUUACGACAGCAUGGUGGGAUUGCAUCACCCUCUAUUGGCAGCCACGGCGCUUUGCUAUGUCUCGGCCAUGGUUUGCUCCAACGAAUCUCUCCAUUAUGUAUCCUACCCCACGGCCGUGUUGGCCAAAUCCUGCAAGCUGAUACCCACCAUGGCCAUGGGAGUGUUGGUAGAACACAAAAUCUACGAACGAAUGGAAUGGAUGGCUGCCUGUUGCAUUACCAUGGGGAUUGUACUCUUUAACUACAGUCGAAUGCAAGGAAAAAACAACGACAUUAAUGAAGAUUCCUCCUGGAGUGGAUUGGCAUUGUUGUCGUUGAGUCUAUUGGCGGAUGGAUUUCUGGGAUCCUUUCAGGGAUUACUCAAACAGAAGGGGUAUCUGGAAAUGCCAGCAACUGGAAAGAAGGUCCCUGUACGGGCUCCCACUGCCACGGAAACCAUGCUCUUUGUCAAUCUAUACGCAAUAUUCUUCCUGAUACCACUGACCAUGUUCAACGGGCAAAUGGAGGAUGGGUUGGCCAUGCUCCAAGGAACUCUAUCCAGCAGUCAUGAUCCGGACGAAGUAGGAGCCCACAAAACACUGCUAACCGGGCUGGUGGUUCUCAAUCUGACUGUCGCCGUGGGACAGAUUUUCAUUUUCUUGACCAUUACCUGGUAUUCUUCCUUGGUAUGCACUACUAUUACCACAACCCGCAAAUUCUUUACCAUCUUGCUCAGUGUCAUGUACUUUGGACACCAUUUCACCAUGUUGCAAUGGGUCUCCACGGGAUUGGUCUUUUGUGGACUCUAUCUGGGUAUUAUGGGACAGAGGGCCAAACAACAACAACAACCAACGAAAAAGGCGGAACCCAUGAAUGAUUUCUCGACAACACACUUCUCACCCACCAGAACCAAGAAUGGGGUCAAAGAGGAAUAG